CAGGAAAUGAUGCAUGAGAUUGACUAUGAUCAGGAUGGCACGGUGUCACUGGGGGAGUGGAUUCAAGGGGGCCUGACAACCAUCCCUCUGCUGGUCCUUUUGGGCCUGGAGACGAAUGUAAAAGAUGACGGGCAGCAUGUGUGGAGAUUGAAGCACUUCAACAAACCCGCCUACUGUAACCUGUGUCUCAACAUGCUAAUUGGACUGGGGAAGCAGGGACUCUGCUGCUCAUUUUGCAAGUAUACGGUCCAUGAGCGCUGUGUGGCUCGCGCUCCACUGUCUUGCAUCAAAACAUAUGUGAAGUCCAAGAAGAACACAGAGGUAAUGCAUCAUUUCUGGGUGGAGGGGAACUGCCCCACCAAGUGUGACAAGUGUCACAAAACCAUUAAGUGUUACCAGGGCCUGACUGGGCUCCACUGUGUUUGGUGUCAAAUCACGCUCCAUAACAAGUGUGCUUCCCACGUGAAACCUGAGUGUGACUGCGGACCCCUGAAGGAUCACAUCCUGCCCCCAAACUCAAUCUGCCCUGUUGUUCUGGAACGGCAGUCGACUCUGAGGAAGGACUCACGGUCAAGCCAGUCGAGUCGAGGAAAGAUGCAGAGAGCCAAUUCUGUGACGGUGGACGGCCAAGGGCUGCAGAUCACAACAAUAGAGGGCACUCAUCCUCUGCUGGUGUUUGUCAAUCCGAAGAGCGGGGGCAAGCAGGGGGAGAGGAUUUACAGAAAGUUCCAGUAUCUCCUGAACCCCAGACAAGUUUACAACCUGGCCAAGAAUGGACCAAUGCCAGGUUUGAACUUCUUCCGAGAUGUUCCUGAUUUUAGAGUAUUAGCCUGUGGAGGAGAUGGCACUGUGGGCUGGAUCCUGGAUUUUAUUGAUAAGGCCAACCUGGACAGGAACCCUCCAGUAUGUAUACUUCCUCUUGGCACGGGCAAUGACUUGGCGAGAUGUCUGCGAUGGGGAGGAGGCUAUGAGGGUGAAAACCUCCUUAAGAUCCUUCGGGAUAUUGAGAACAGCACCGAAGUGAUGCUGGAUCGCUGGAAGAUCGAUGUGACGCCCACUGACAAGGAGGAGCGAGGGGACCCGGUGCCUUACAGCAUUAUGAACAACUACUUCUCCAUCGGAGUGGAUGCAUCAAUUGCACAUCGUUUCCAUGUGAUGAGAGAGAAGCACCCUGAGAAAUUCAACAGCAGAACAAAGAAUAAGCUGUGGUACUUUGAGUUCGGCACUUCGGAGACGUUUUCGGCCACAUGUAAGAAGCUCCAUGACUUCUUGGAGGUUGAGUGUGAUGGUGUUACUCUGGACCUCAGUAGCAUAUCCCUAGAAGGCAUUGCAGUUCUCAACAUCCCAAGUAUGCAUGGAGGCUCCAAUCUUUGGGGGGAAAGCAAAAAGAGGAGGGGUCAGCGUAAGGCGGGGAAGAAAAAUCAAGAAAAACGGACUCCAGUGGUCGACCCCAAAGAGCUCAUGUUUGCUGUUCAAGACCUGUCUGACCAAUUUCUGGAGGUGGUGGGACUGGAAGGAGCCAUGGAGAUGGGGCAGAUCUACACGGGCCUGAAGAGCGCUGGAAGACGUCUGGCCCAAUGCUCCUCUGUAACCAUCAGAACCAGUAAAUCCCUCCCAAUGCAGAUUGACGGCGAACCUUGGAUGCAGACUCCCUGCACUAUUGAGAUUGUCCACAAGAACCAGGCUCACAUGCUGAUUGGACCGUCACAAGGCCGCAGCUUCUUCUCCUCCAUCCUGAGACGAACGCGCUCUGAAAGCAAAGACUAAACCAUCAUUGUGGGACAGAUUUGAGUUCUCUUAGACUCCUGCAGGGCAGCUGUAGGCACGUUUCAUUGAGACCCAGUGGUCCAGAGAAAGUGGACUUUGAUGCCUUUUUCAUAGCCAAGCGCCCAGUAGCAUGCUGUAGGUUCGGUUUGUGUUGCCUGCAGCAUGAAGAUGUGUCUCAGAUUGUCGUUGUUGAAUCCAAAAUAAACUGUGAUCGGAACAGACAGUUUGAUCUUCAGUGAGCUCCAAAAAUACCGAAGUUAUUUCUGGAAGUACUCCUCUGUUCUUGUUCUAUUUUCUGUAAAAAAUAUUGUCUUUUUUGCUGUUGUGCUCUGUGCCAAUUUGAACAACCAAACAGAUAAAUUAUGCAUUUAUAAAUGUAAUAAUGCUCUGCUGUUUAUGCUGUUCUGCUGUAUUUCUGCACACACCUGAUGCAUGAUGGGGAGUUAAAAAGGGUGAUGUUGUCUGCUGACAUUUGCUGCAGAUUGUAGGGUAUUUGCUCAAGACCCCAGCUAUAUUUCAUUACCAGAAGCUUCUAAAAUAGAGAUCUGUUUGCUCCAUAGUCCAUACAAGUCAUCUUUUUCACAAUUUUAUCAGCUUUGUUGCUGCUCUUUAGAGGUUUUGGGACACAUUUAUUUAUUGCUCUUCAACAUGCAUGCUCCUCUUUGCUUAUGCUGCAUGGGAAUUUUUCAGACAGUUUAACCAGUUCUGUACACACAUACUGUUGCAUGAGAGAGCAACAGGUUUUUGGACAUUCAUUAAGUGUUCAUCACCUGUUCAACGAUUAAAGAUUAAUUUGCUGUGUGAUAAAUUAAGCAAACAACAAAUAAAUGUUAUAACUGACUGUAGAAAAGUACAUUGAAUGACAACAGCCUGUCGGUGCUCUUGAAAGCAUGCAACUAAUUCCAGGAUCUCAAAAUAAAUUGAGUUAAAGUAUAUAUGGUGCAAAAGAUGAAUAUAAUCAAUGUUUGCAGUUUUAACCCUUGGCACUGGUCUUGAUUCGUUUCUGUAUUUUUAUUUUCCCCUCACUUGCACCAAGAGCAUAAACUUUUAAUAUUCUUUAGAUGUUUUGCACAUUUUCUGUAAGAACAGUGUCUUUUUAAAAUGCAUUCUGCAUGUUUUCGGAAAACAUAAAAUAGUUGGACCAGCUGAUAUUUCUUUAGAGGUGCCAUUUGCAAUGCGGAGACUACGAUCUGAGUCUCCUUAUUUUUUUGUGCUUUGUAAAGUGCAGCAUUUGUACAGUGAAGUUGUAUUUUUGUACACAGUGUGAUUUAUUUUUCUGCUCCCUGCUUCACUUUUGCGCUCACGCCGCGUUGUUGUUGCCCACAGAUAAGUUACAUCUGACUGAGAAAAGUGAAAGAAACAAU